CCCAAGCGAAGAGGCUGGCCCAGUGAUCCCUUAAGCCCCAAGGAACAAUGCUGCACAGGAAUGUGUGAGGUUAUCUAUCACUUCCCCAAACUGUAAUUUGCAGGAGGCUAUGUGAACCCAAGGUAAGCGAUGUGCAUGGUAAUGUAUUUAAUGGUAAUGUAUUUAAUACAAGGAGUCUGAACAGUGUGCAGUGCUGCGUUCAGCAGUCUCUUCAUUUACCACUGAAUUACAGUCACUUCUGUAGCAAGCACUGAAAUAUAUGCUGUAUACAUUUAAGGGUUUAUCAAAAAUUCCAUCUCCAUUUGUUUGAAGUGCUUUAUAUGCUUCAAUAGUGAUGAAACUGUUUCUUCAGAUAAAACACUCUGGCAUGGUUUUGGACCAGUCACUGAGAACAUAUUCUGUUGAACAUUUUUGCAUAUUCAGAAUUCAUAAGUACUCGUUGCAAAUUUGUUGAUUCGCUGACAUUCUUCACUAGAAGAGUGUUCUAAAUAUAAAUUUUCUGUUAGCUUACAAGUUUGGCAAUAUUACUAAGAUGCUGAACCUGAAAACCUGUUGCCUAUAUAAAAAUAAAAGGUUAAAUAUGUAUUGAAUGUCACUAGAAGAAGGUCUUUUAUAUCUCUGCUGGUGGAAAACUCUUCUGAUUAGUACUGAAGAUUUGACUGGAUCAGACUUAUUUGAUUUAUUUUAUUUUCACAUUUUUUUUUGUGGUUCCUGAUUAAAAAACAACAGAAACAACAACAACAACAGAAAUAAACAACAUGCAGGUAGAAGGGAUUUAGACGUAAAUAAAUUAAUCAAUCAUGUCUCAAAAUAUCUUAGCAAAAACAAUAGUAAUGCAAAUGUGCUCCGAAAAUCCUGUCAUCUUGGCGCUAAAACUAAUUUUAUUAAUCAGUGAGAAAAAAUAUCUUAAUUUUUGAGAGAGUUGUCCUAGACAGUAGUGAAUGUACUUCAUAUACAGAAAUCAAAAGUGCGAAGGAUAAUAAGUGGAAAUCUAAAAAUAGGUUUCCAGGUCCAUAUUUAGAUUCUUAAAAAAGGUGACCUGAUUUUUCAAAGGUGCUGAGCAGCCAGUCGUGCGUGUGCAUUCCACAGCAGUUCUCAGCUGCUCAGCGCUUCCACAAACAGACAUGCUAUUCAGGAUCAGAGAAGUGAAAUUUUUAAAAGCUUUUUCUGUAUGUCUUAAAGUUGGUGAAUUUUAUUAGGCUUGUGCCUAAUGUAGUGUUCUAGGACAUCUCUAUUUUGACUUGUGUCAUCUUCCUUAUUUAAGUUUUGGCACAGGGAAGUCUGGAUUAUAUAGUGAGGUCACUGAGGGAUCUUGAGAUGUUGGCUGCCAGCCUUGUUGCUCUCUCACUUGGCUGUGAAUGGACUCUACUUUAUCUUGCAAAGUUCAGUGAGUAUUUAUAAAACAGGAACCAAAGUUCUACUGCAAGUUUGGCAAAUCCUGAUCUUAGUCAGAAGGUUUUACUAUUUUUUCACCAAAACAUAGAUAGAUGAAAACAGUCAAACUCUGGAAAUAGGCAGAUGUCUAUUUCUAUAUAUAUAUAUAAAAAAGGAAACAAUAUUUAAACAUGAAUCUAAGCUUGGAUAGCGAAGUAUUUUGUUAAUUCAUUCUACCGCAUAUUUUCACUACAUAUAUUUCUCUUCUGCCCAACACUGCAGUUGUAUUAUCUGAAGUACAGGUAGUUUUCUGUGUUUUUAAAGCUUAUUGAAGAAAAAUUGGUCAUAAAAGUACACAGUUUAACUCUGGUGGUCCUUGAGGCAAAGUGGUAAUGGACAGAUCGUCAACUGAUAUAGUCAAAAUAUUUCCUUUUUCUUGAAAGAAACUGUGAUUUCUGGAUCCAUGUCUUCCGUUUUUAUGCUAGUUUAUUUUUAUAUUCCUCUUUUUCUUCAUAUACGUUGCCACAAAAUACCGGCAUAUUAUUUUGUUUUAGUGUUUUUUUUUUUUUUUUUCCAAGUAAUUGCUUAUAUUCAUAGAUGGCAGAAGCCCUGGUGUUUUUUGUUGUUUUUUUUUUUCUUAGUACUUCAGUAAUGUAAAAUUACCUUUGGCAAUAUAACAACUCAAAUUACAGGAAACCUAUUUUUUCUUUAAACUUCUUGCCUGAUUGCAUAUCCCUGCUUAGUUAAGUUAUUUGUGAAACAAAUAAAACAAUGUUACAUGCAGCUUCUAUGAAAGAAUAUGCUAUUAUUGCUUAACUUCAUUUGGUUUGGGUUCUGUGACUCGGGAACUAUCAAUCUAAGCUGUAACAUUAAAAUGAAGAAGGAUUUGUACUUUUAGUUUGCCAAUUACAGUAGAAAUACAGAAAGCUAAUGAAAUUCAUGGUACAGUGUAUCAGAGUGCAGAAACUUGCUAAUGCUAUAUCAUAUAUCAUGUAAAUCUCUUGAUAUAGUAACUUGAUUUUCUGAUUUUACAUUUGAAUGUAGUAGUUUUUGUGUGUUGUGUAACGCUUACUAAGAUGUGAGCGAAACAGUUUUGGACACAGUUGAAGGUUUUGUCAGACAAAUAUUGGUAGUGACAUUAUUCGGAGAUAAAUCGAGAAAAUGAUCUUUGAUUAAGUAUUUAUUUAUGUAUUUAUUUGUCAUUUUUUACUGUGCAAAGUAAAAAUUAUAGUUUCUGUUUUAGAAUGAAAGUUUUCCUAUGAGGUCCACAUGAAAUGGCUACAAAACCCAAAGAGGUACAAGCUAUUAUUUUCAUUCAAGGAAUUAGGGAGAAAUAGAUUUUUUUAUGAGUUAGCUUUUGUCAUCAGUGUUACAUCUUUAUUGGAAAUUAUGAACGACUGGUUUUUUUUCAGGUUUUGAAAAAAGCUGAAGAAGGUGUGAAGGAUUCAGUUUCGUAGCUAACCUAACCCAAAAUACCUGAUUGCAGGAUUGGUUGUUUGUAAAGAGCCAUACAAAUAAUAUAUACACUUCUGGGAACAAUAAAAGCUCAGGCACACUGGAUCGACUUUAGGGAUUUAAAGAAAUUGUUGGUAUGAAACUGCAGGAAGAAACAAUACAGACAUGAGAAUCCUGCCACCUAACUAGUCAGAUGGCACUCAAAUGACAAAUAGCAUUAAAAAAAGCUAUUGCCAGUUUUGCGGUGAAAUCUUUAAAGUAUAAUUUCUCAUAUGGCUUUCAUUUAAGCCUGAUUUUAAAACCUAACAGAAAGCAGAAAUGUAGAACACAAUGUAAGGUGUGGACACUUUCAUAUUUUGCAAAGUACUCAGUUAAUUUACUGGAAAAUUGGUUACAGCUUUCUUAAAGGUAACUAGUCCCUGAAGUAGGUAUUGGCUAGUCACUGGGCAGGAAUUAAAAAAUCUGGGUGAUGUUGCAUACCUGUGACACCACAGAAAUCCUAAUUCCUUAAAUAUAGCUACUCGGUUUUGUAAUUAGCUGGAGAGGAGCACUAGUCAAUGAAAUAAAUUUGAACAGAACACAAAUUUGAACGAAAAAGUAACCUUAUUCUGUUAUUUUUAUAACAGGUUUCUAACUUUAGAUACAAAAAUAUUUGGUAUGAAUAUGAAUUACAAUGUUUUCAAACUGGCAAACAUGCAAGUUAGGUAAUGAAGAUGCAACCGUUUAUUUCCUUUUGAAUCUGAACGUGAAAAAAUAAUUCUUUUAAUGUGAGAAAUAAAAACCUACUAUUGAGAUCACAAAUGCCUUAUGCCGUAUCUUAUCCUCUUAAACAUUUGUUUUAUUUUGGCUUUUUUUUUUGCUUUGCUCUGGAAGGAAUAGAGCCACAGCACUGACAGCCACUUUUGACAUAGGUUUUCCUUCUGCCUGAAAGCUGGAGAGUUCAUUUUGGAUUGCAUCCAUGCUGUCCCUAGUUCUCAAAGAGAGAUCAGUGCUUGCCCAUCCAACGUUUGUGUUUGAAAGGAAGGACCGUCCUUUGAAGCGGCCUGCAGAGGAACCAGUUUGCAAAGCUGAAAAUGAUUUCAUCUGUUGUUCCAGAAAACGUGCAAGAUCAUCAUCUUUUACUUUUCAGAAGUCUAACUCACCAUCUAAUACAGAUACAAAACUUGCUCAGAAAAGAGGGAGAUCAUCUUCCUUUACCAUCUUUCCUACCUUCCCUCCCUCCCAGCCAGUAAAGAAGAACAACAUAUUCAUGACCUCAGCUCUCCUUCGAAGAAACACUGACAUCAAAACUAUAAAAGAAGGAUCCUUGUCACAAAGUCAAUUGCGGAAUGUUAUUAGACCUGCCGUUUUACAACCCCCACAAGCCCUGACCUGUCCUGAAAAUCCUGUAGUAUCUCUAAUGACUAAGCAAGAAGCACAUAUUCAGUUACCUGAAGACAGCUCUUAUUCCUUAGCUGAGAAUUCAGUAAGUUCCAAAACAGCAGCGAGGUCAUCUAUUACCAUGAAUCCUUCUAGCUCUAAAGCAACACGAACAGAAAACAGAAGUGUAUUAUGCAACAGCAAUUCUAGUUUUGUGUUUGGAGAAAACAUGGAUGAGAGAGUUUUGAGCCCUGAAAAGCAUCCCAAGCCACGUAAGGAAGCUGAUUCAUGUAAAGGAGAAACAACAUCCCUAUACAUAGAAUCUUUUCAUGUUAGUCCACAAACAAAAACAACUUUGUUAAGGAAUGCAACACUAAUUGAAUCAACAUCUGCUUAUAUUUCCAAGCCAGUGGAGAAAGUUCUAUUAGAUAAAGUUGAAGUUAUAACGGGAGAAGAAGCAGAAUACAAUGUAUUACAGAUUAACUGCAAGCUCUUCGUAUUUAAUAAGCUUUCUUUAACUUGGAUUGAAAGAGGCAGAGGAUCUCUCAGGCUUAAUGACACUUCUAGCAAUAAAUGUGGAAUGUUGCAAUCAAGGCUAAUUAUGCGAAAUCAAGGCAGCUUGAAACUGAUUCUCAACACCAGACUCUGGGAUCAAAUGGUAAUAAAAAGAGCAAACAGAAAAAGUGUGUGCUUCACUGCAACAGACCAAGAGGACCACUCUGUUCAAGUAUUUCUGAUUCAGGCAAGCUCAAAAGAUGCUGGGUAUCUGUAUGUGGCGAUACAUCACCGCCUUGUGGCAUUGCGAAGCUUUGCUGAGCAAGAACCAGAAGCUAACCAAAUAGACAUAGAGUCAGAAAUAGCUUUUCAGCCAUUAAACUGUGACAGUGAUGAAGAUGAUGAAAAAAUGACUCAAGUGAGCAGCAGUGGAUCUGAUCACUCUAGAUGGAACCGCAGGCAGCCCGUAGUCUGCUCAUGAUAGCUACCACACAGCAACAACAGCACCACUGGGAACUCAUCUUCCCUAAAUGCCUAAGAUGUCUCAUCAGAACCCGGAGGAACAAAAUCUGAUGAAUUUUGCUUUGUAAUUUUUAAGCACAGAUUAAUUUUAGAGACAGCUUAAGUUCAAUACAUUGGGAAAGAACUUGAGAGGCACUUUUGAGGAUUCCAGUCAGCCUGCUUUGCACUGAGAUAAGAAUGACAUGAUGGCAUCCAGUAUUCAAGAGUUGUUAAAAAGGCUUCAGAUUUUAUAAUUAAAUAUACUUAGAUGCAUUAUUAAAAUAAGGAAUUUUAUAGGGAAUCAAUUUUUAUUCAUCAUAUUGAUGGAUAAAAACAUAUAACCAUUAAAUAAUAAAAUACCUGAAAGAAUUUUUUUUUGUCUUUUAUUUAAAAGAUAUAUUUUGAAGACUUUAAAUUAGGCAUCACUGAAAACAUUUAUUUAAAAUUGUCUGGUAAUAUUCAGCAUCUUGUUUGUAAGUACGUACAAGCAGAAUUGUGAGUGGCAGUUCAGCAUGACAAAGGCCAAUAGAAAUCAAAAUUCACAACUAAGAAGUGGUGUUUUGUUUGUUUGUUUUAAAUAUGUGGAGUUGUAGACUGGUUGUUGAAUUUUGCUAAAGUGCAAAGAACCAAUAUCUGCUUUUACACCUAUGAGCACCAGGAGGACUGAACACGAAGAACAGUAAACAUAAGUUCCCGGGGGCAUCUGAGCUUUAAAAUCUAUAAGUGUAUCUGUUUGCACUUACGAAUAGCUUUUUGCUUGCUCAGAACAAGCACUGUUAACAGCCCAUUUGAUAUACACAAAUAAAUGCCUGGACAGUAUAACUAGAGACCUGCAUAAAAUCUUGUAUAUGCAUAUCUAAGAUUAUUUAUGCUUUAUUAUUAGCUACAGAUACCCCUAAACAGCAUCUUGUAUUGAGUUGAAUAUAUUACACAGUCAAAUAUGUGCAAUAAUCCAAACAGUGCCAAAGACCCGAUCACUCUGUAAAAGUGAUGCCACAAACUGCUGCUCACUACCCAACCAUCCUCAAGAAGAAUUAGAAAAAUCAAUUCUCUCUAAAGCCACCUGUGAAUUAAGACUUUCCAGAUCCUUCUGAAGCCUAUGCACAGUGCAGGCACCAUUUAAUGCCCCGUGCUUUUUAUUCUUUCUGUCAACAGAUAAAGAAGGUGUCUGUAUUCUGCUGCAACUUUGCUGUCUUGUAUCUUGUUGGUUACCAAAUAUUAUUUCCUGGUCAUUCUCAGAGCUGGAAAAAAAGUUCUGAAAUAUCUGAAGUCCUUUUAAUUAAGAAAGCUGUAACGAUUUUUCAGCCUUAAAAGCUGCGUCAUACCUGAAGACUCAAGUUUUAAUUUAGUCUUGCCAUCUGAACAUACAUGUAUGAAGUUGGAAGAAUUCCAGCUUCCUGAAUUCUCAUCGCCCUGUCAAGAUUAGCAUCCAGAUGAAGCUGAACUAGCAUCUGGAUUACGCUGAAUCUUAAAUAGCUGGCCAAAAUUAGCACUUGUCUGACAUCUGAAUGACAGAAAGCUUGAGUGGGACUGGACUUUUGCCUUCAGGAAAAGGAAAGUCCUUCACUACUGAACAUUUGUCUCAAAUAGUGAAGCACUGGAACUCUUCAACUCUUCAGUUUGCUGAUAACAAAAAUGUUCUUUCCAUGACCAGCUGUACAUUGUGUCCCUUUCUAUCAGCCUCACUCCUGACCAUAACAAUAUUUCCAUCACUGACCUUCAUAUUUCAUUGCUGCAACUCAUACUCAGGAGCUAAGCUCCAUGUUAUAAAAACCGGCAGUUGUAAAAAAAAAAAAGCAGUUCCAUGUAUUUAGCAACAGGUCACGGUGAGAACUUUGUCCUGGAGUUCAGCUGGUUAUGCACUGAAAGUAGAGAUUGAUUUCAAAAUCUGCCCAGGUAAUCAAAGCAUUCCAUGAAAUCAAGUGUAAGCACCAGAGUGCCGUGAUAUCCCACAACAUCUAAAUUCUACUACUGCAUAAAAUUAUUGGGAAAUAAGGAGCAUUCCAGAGCAGAUGCAACUGAAUUUUUGCAGACAAAGGACUUAAAAACUUUAUAAUUUGAUCUCACAGCGUAAGGAACAAAGCUUAUGAUCAGUCACAAACUCUCUUCUGAGCUGUCUUUUCUCAAGAUCUUAUUAUACGUACACAAGUAUGCACGCACACACACAUGAUCACACACACGCAUAUGAAAAUGAAGCUAUAUCUCCUACAAGCUGAGGAGGAAAAGAGAUAUUUAAAUAUUGUGAGGAGUUUGGAUACUGUGGUAAUAAAAGACAUAAACAAAUAUAUGUGCAGACAUAUUUAUGGUAUGAAUUUUUAUAUCCUAAUCCAUUAUUUAUUCUGUUUUGUCUCAUUGCACUAAGUUUCAUUGUUUCUCAAGACUGAAGGUAUGCUAAUAUGUAAUAUAUCUACUUGGGUUUGGAAAUGUAAAGUUUGCCACUUUAUGACUGCUGGAGCAACAAUUUCUAUGCCUAAAUAAUAAACAAUUUUCUUACUGCUUUAAUUUCCAUCUAACUAGUUGUCUUAUUGUGUGUCCAAAUCAGAGCUUCCUACAGACUGUUCUUAUCCACUAUUUCUAGCCUGUUUUCCUAAGGAAAGAUUUAAACAACUGUAUACCCUACCCAUCUGUCUCUCAGACCUACUUUGAGCCCAGUUGAGUUUUGGAAAAAUUUGCCAGGAGGUUCAAAGCUCCAAGACAAUUUAAGUUCUUCAUGAAAAUUGGCAGUUUUGGGGUGACACAACUCAGACAGCGGUAUCCUUUCAGGAAACAGUCUCAGGGUAAGCUUGGUUUUAUUUUCUGUGAGGCUUGUGGGGCUGAGUGUGGCAUUCCUGGUUCUGAACAGGGAGGAAGGAGAGAGGAAAACAAUGGAGGAUGGCUACCUGAGGUUACUGUGGUCUGAAGAGUAGAAUGGAGACAUUUCAUAUGCACCAAAUCCAUAUGAAACUAGACAUCGCUAAUUUUGCUGUUCAUGGAGCAACUUGUUCUAUGCUUUUUCAGAUGAAUGCUUUUAUGUAAUUAUUUAUUUACUGAAUAUAACUUCUUCAUACAAAACUUCUAACAAAUCACAGUGAUUAAAUAGUAUAUAGAGAGGAUGCAGAGCUGGCAAUUCUUAGGUGUUAGUGCAGGAAUAAUAAGCAAAAGGAAGGAAAACUAGCAAUUCCUAAUAAAGGGAUAUAUAUACAGAUAUCUGCCAUUAAGAUGAUGACUUUCUGGCAAAAUGUACUUGGAUAGGAUAGCCUAAAUGACUUAUUGUAUACUCUUCACAUAAAGAAAAAAAAAAGUGUCACAUCAAAAGUC